AUGUUCAAGAUAGGUCCGGCAAACUACGCUCUAAGCCGGAGGGUCCAGACCUUCGAUGCGUUUAUCAGUCGCGACUGGCGCGCCUCGCACCAUGCCAAGUUCCUAUGUUUGACCAUCAUCCAUAACUCACCGGCUGCAGCCAUUGCAAGCUUCCUGGCCAGCUGUCUUCUGGGAGUCUUCGUGCUGUGCGAGGUAAUGGAUGACGACCUAGCUUUAUUGCUGACGCCGCUUUGCGUGGUAACUUUCUACAUCGUCCUGUUCUCUUGGCAGUGGAUUCGAUGCCUGAUCCGGAGACCCGUGAUGCUCUUCUUAGACAAGUUUUGCAUUGUGCAGCACAUUGAAGAGUUGAAGAUGAAAGGAAUUCUUGGCCUUGGGGUGUUCUUGCUGCAGUCGAAGAACCUGCUGGUGCUGUGGUCACCGCAGUACUUUAGCCGACUCUGGUGCACGUACGAGCUCGUAACUUUUCUGAAGGACCAGCCGUGGCACGACGCAGUGACUUUCAUGCCCGUGAAGAUGAGCUACCUCCUGUUGUUGUUCUCUGCUUUCUGGCACCUGACGGUGUUUACCUACUACCUCCUGCAGGAAUGGUUGGACAUUCUCAUUGGCAAUGAUGAGGCGGACGGUAUGUUUCUUACUUACUUGCUAGUCUUGGUGGUGGGGCUGGUUUGCAUCGUGAUCCCUUUCGUGAACUACUUGGGCAUUGAGCUCAUGAGUGACCUCGAAAUCUUGCCGGAGCAACUUUCAAGCUUUCGCAUUCAAGAUGCUUCCUGUUUCUGCUGCUCGAACGAGCAUAUCCACCCUGUCAGCGGUCGCAGCCUACCGUGCGACCGGCAAUUGGUGCACGAGACGCUGCACAGCUGGCGCAGCCAGGCGGACGGUCACACAGAGGCAGGUCCCGCCCUUGCCGAGGAUCCAGAAGAAACUUUGGAGUUCUUCAAUGCGCUGGUCCAAACCCGUUUGUCUGAAGUGGUUCUCCAGAGCAUGCGGGGGACCUUUCCAGUCAAGUACGUGCUCUACAUGACCUGUGUUUGCACUUUCCCGUUUAUCGCGGUGUACAUCUCAAGAGGCAUCAUGAAGAUGCUGGAGGGCCCGGACCUGGAGGAUGGGGAGGAGGAGGAAGCGGAGGAAGUGAUGGUGGCACCGAGGCGGAUGCUGCGAGGCUUUUGCCAGGCAACCUACCCUGUACUGGUAAUCCUCUUCGCAGCAAGAGGAUUUCAGCCACUUCUCAAGCUUGGACUGUCCAUGCAGAAACUCGUCCCACGAGCAGCAGCCUCGUUCUUGCUGGCACCAGCAACACUUUUCGUCACAAUUCUCACAUGGUUUCCAUUCGAGUACACUAUGCUGCGCACAGACGAGCAGGAGGAAAGCCUGCUGUGGUUGUUUCCCUACUUGGUGAUGCUGCUGGUAACUGUAUGCGCCUACUGCCAUGGUCCCUUCCUGGCCAAGCCGAAGACCUUGCAAGUCGGAAAGGCCAAAUGCGAGCCAGGGCGAGAAAAGGAGGAAGACGAAGAAUCCACGGUCUCAUUGUAG